AUGUUCACCCAAAGAAGUCGUUGUCUCCUGCUGAUUUUUCUUCUAUAUUUCGUGAACAAAAUCUCAUCAAAAGUGGAGUUUACCAACAUCAAGUGCAACACUUUCGAUCCAGAUUUCGCCAGCUUUGAGUACUGUUUCCUAAAGUCUGUAAAUCGAACUUACAAGUACUUGUCUAUUAAAGUGAACUUGCACAAGACGCCUAUUACCAAAGUUAAAGUAAAUAUAGCAAUUUUUAAGCGUUACAAUGGAUACAAGCCGUUUCUCUACAAUAUCACAAAGGACGCCUGUAAAUUUUUGCUUCUUAAAAAUCCCGAUCCCGUUUCCAAUUACAUUUACAAUGGUUUCAAGAGUUUCACCAAUAUGAAUCACACUUGUCCCUUUGAGGUGAGUCCCCAAAAAUUGCCAAUUGGAUAUAUCAAUCAACAGGUAACGGAUGUUUUACCAGUUCCCCAUGGGGAUUACCUCUUUCAUUCCAAUUGGAUGGCUUACGACAUAAAGCGAGCAACUGUUAAUGUUUACUUUACCAUAUCGUAA